AGGUCGGUUUUGCUGUGUCUACUCGCUAGGCUAGGCAUUGGAAGACUCGGUUUUGCUGCGCCUACUCGCUAGGCUGUGUGUUCUGGCGCUACCAUCAGAACUCGUAAACUGCAUCGCCGGGUGCCUACAGCUCAUUUCACGGAAUCGCUUGGAACAAACGUUACCGACUGUUCUGUCUGGGUUAUUCUUAUAUCCUUGUGAUUUCAUCUUACUUUGAUGCCUUGUCAUACUCCCGCUGUUGGUACCAUUCCGAUUGGUGGGCCCUACCCCGUAGUGGGUUGUGUCAUGUCGCGCAGUGUGCUGGGCCAGCCAAUCUUCAAGCGCCAGCGCGGUCCAUUCGGCGAGGCAUCUCUUCUGCUCGGACACCUCAUCGACUCAGCAAGUCGGCUGAAGCCACAUAUUUUUCAUUGGCGUUCCUUCAGCACGGUCGCCCACAUCCCCUUUAUUUACCUGUGCAAAACAUAUGGCCCGCAAAGCGAAGGCUUCAACCGCGGCGUCUACCACGGCGUCCAGCAGCAGCAAUGUGGAUGCCGAGAAAAACGACGUCAGCGAUUCCGAAGAUGCGGGCGGCGCGGAAAGCGACACAGGGGCAGCCACCGGCAGGCCCGUGACGCCACCGCCAAAACCCAAGCGCAGGCGGCGGGCAUAAGUCUCCCGGGUAGUGCGGAGUGUGCGAGCGAAUCUUCAGCAGCCGCUCGAGCCGUGCGACGCCACCUGGUGACGCAACACGGUUCAGCAGGCCGUUCUCGUGCACCGUGUGGCGGCCGCCACUUCUCUCUCAAAGGGACCUCAUGGCCCACAAUCUGA